AUGUUUCCUCAGAUCCUAGCCCUCGCCCUGGCGACAGGAGCCUUGGCCGACAGUCUCCUCUCGUUUCCUGUUGCUCCUGUCAUAGAGAACCGCACAAUCGAUGAGAUCUACAAGGCUGCGCUCGCCGAGGGAGGCACCGUCACCGUCUGGGCCGGCGGUGAUGAGAAGAACCAACAGAACUCCCUGAAGCAGGCUUUCGAGGCUGCUUUCCCCGGCAUAACGAUGAACGUCACCGUUGACGUCUCUAAGUAUCACGACGGGAAGAUCGACCAGCAGCUGGAUUCCGGAAACGUCUUCGUGGAUGCUACUUAUCUCCAGACGCUUCACGACUUCCCCCGCUGGGCCCAGCAAGGAUCUCUUCUCAACUAUGCGCCCGUUGGCUUUGACCAGAUCCACCCAGCUUUUAAGUCGACGGAUGCUUCGUGGUACGGCCUGUUCUUCAUCCAGUGGGGAAUUUCCUACAACAGUGCCAAGAUCCCUGGUAUCGACAUCGCCGAAUAUCCUGAUUUCCUCCAGGAAGGCCUGAAGGACAAGUUGGUCUUGACAUACCCCAACGACGAUGACGCAGUUCUGUUCCAAUUCUACCUCAUCAUGAAACAAUACGGAGAAGCCUGGUUCGACAAGCUCUUGGAUCUGAACCCAAGAUGGGUCCGCGGCACGCAAACCCCAAGAACCAUCCUCGGAGCCGCCAACGCCACCGAGGCGGCGACCUUCACGUCGUCUGUCUCACCCGCCGGCUCGAGCAACGGGAGCACCACCAUCACCGCGUUCCCCGAGAAGGGCCAGUUCGUGUCCUGGGCGCAGACCGGCGCCAUCCUCAAGGGCGCGCCCCACCCCGAGUCGGCCAAGCUGCUGUUCAACUGGUUGCUGUCGCCCGAGCACCAGGCGUCCGGCUGGAGCGUGCGCAAGGACAUCCCCCUCCCAGAUAACUUCCCGUACCCGGACAUCUGGCACAUGAACGGCACCAACCCGACGUCCUUCAAGGAGUUCAUGCUGGACCGCCCCAACGUCGAGAGGCUCAAGUUGUUCUUUGAGGACAAGAUCGGCACCGCUCAGGGCCUGAGCCCCCUGAUUGAUGACUUGUAA